AUGUCCACCGCGCGCGCGGCGAGAGAGGUUAUGCGACGCGUGGCGUCCACCGCGGGCGCGAUCGAGGCCCGAUCGGCGCUCGCGGGCGAGGGAAUCGACGCGAUCGGCGGUGCGAGGACGAUCCCGUCGAUGAUCGCCCGUCAGCAGACGCGCUGGAUCGGCUCGCGCGGCGUCCCGGACGAGUACGGGCAGCCGAAAACUGGUGGAACAUCGUUUCUGGGAACGCCGAAGAACCACCGGGCGCUGUUGGAGCGCCGACCGCUGUCGCCGGACGUGUUCGACGCGGAUGGGAGCUGGCGGGCGCACUACAAGUUUCCCGUCGUCGCGCUGAGCUCAAUCACGAAUCGCGUCACGGGCGUCGUUCUGAGCGGUGCGGUGAGCUCGGCGGGUGUGAUCGCGCUCGUCGGGGGGGCGGAAGCGGUGCCGGCCGUGAUCGAGCUGGUAAAGGCGCAGUCGCCGGUGGGCGUCGCGCCGUUGAAGUUUGCGCUGAGCUUUCCGUUCGUGUUUCACACGCUCGGUGGGUUCCGACACUUGGUGUGGGACGCUACAACCAAAGGAAUCGAUAAUGCGAGUGCGAAAUCGACCUCCGUGGCGCUCUUCGGGGCGAGCGCGGCGGCGAGCGCGGCUUUGGCGGCUUACACGUGGUGA